AUGAAGAUAUCGCUUGCCCUGGCCUUCGGGCUAGGAGCUUCAUUGGCGGAAUCCGCCGCUGUUUUCGCUCACUUUAUGAUGAGUAAUGCCCAGAACUACACUGCCGAUACGUGGGCAUUCGAGAUGAAAUAUGCCAAAGAGGCAGGCAUCGAUGCAUUUGCAAUGAACAUCGCCUACAACGAGAAAGUUUCGUUGGGCCAAAUGUCAAACAUGCUCCAAGCCGCAUCAGGGCAACAAUUUCCAUGGUUCUUUUCCUUUGACUAUGCUGGAAAUGGAGCGUUCCCGAAGCAAACUGUUAUUGAUAUGUUGAAAGAGUAUGGACCUACCAAGUAUUACUACAAGUAUAAUGGAAAGCCAUUUGUUUCUACGUUCGAAGGUCCUGGCAAUGCACUCGACUGGAGUGUCAUCAAAGCCCAGACAGGUUGCUUCUUCAUGCCGGACUGGUCAUCACUUGGCGCAAAAGAAGCGGUAGGAAGAGGUACUGCUGAUGGACUCUUUUCUUGGGCAGCUUGGCCUUGGGGAAAUCAUGAUAUGGACACAUACACUGACUCGUCGUAUACCCAUUUCCUGGGUGGCUUACCCUACAUGAUGCCUGUGUCGCCUUGGUUCUACACGAACGUACCAUUCUACGGAGGUAAAAAUUGGCUCUGGCGUAGUGAUCAUCUCUGGUUCGAUCGUUGGAACGAAGUCAACUGGCUCAAGCCAGAGUUCGUUGAAAUUAUCUCGUGGAACGACUACCCAGAAUCACAUUACAUUGGACCACUACGGCCUGAAGCUAUGGGAGCCUUUACCACAGGCAAAGCACCGUACAAUUAUGCAACUGAUAUGCCUCAUGAUGGAUGGAGAGCAUUCCUUCCAUACCUUAUCACGUUGUACAAGACUGGCACAGCAACAGUCACAAAAGAAGGCCUGCAAACAUGGUACCGAAUCAAUCCAAAAGAUGCAUGUGGAACUGGUGGGACAAGUGCCAAUACUGCCAGUCAGAUACAACUCGAAUUUGCGCCAAGCGAGGUUCUGGCUGAUGAGAUUUUCUUCUCUGCCUUGCUUGGAUCUCCAGCAGACGUGACCGUGACUAUCGGAGGUGCAAGCGUUGCAGCGAAAUGGUCCACAGUCCCUGAUGGUAACGUUGGUGUGUAUCAUGGGAGCGUUCCAUUCGGGGGCCGCACUGGUGCUGUCGUUGUGACCAUCAAAAGAAACGGUGCGACGAUUGCUAUCGUCAAUGGACGAUCGAUUACCACAGGCUGUACAAAUGGAAUCGCCAAUUACAACGCAUGGGUUGGAUCUGCCAUGUCAGCCUCUUCAAUCUCUGCCACACCGCCACGCAAGCGUUCCGAGCAAGUUUGUGUAAAGGGAACUGGCGCCAAUAACUUUGCUGGAUUGUGCGCAUUUACAUGUCAAUAUGGCUACUGCCCCCCAGAGGCAUGUGUCUGUCUAGCAUUAGGAAAACAAGCCACGCUACCAAAGGAAACUGGAACACCGGGCUUUCCUGCUGCCGGCUUGAGCGAGGCUUACAGUGGACUGUGUCGCUAUGCUUGCAAUUACGGCUAUUGCCCUACAGGAGCCUGCAGUACUACAAAACAGCCUCUAAUCGUGCCUACCGUCUCCGAGUUUGCACCGCCCGUGUGCAUCAAAGGCACUGGCAGUGGAAACAUUAAAGGUCUUUGCGAAUUCGCCUGUAAUUACGGCAACUGUCCCAUGGCUUCGUGUAAAUGUCUUGCUACCGGAGCUCUGAAUGCCUUCCCUGCAUUCACACCGCUCACUGCCUCGGCAGCUGAUGAUCUCGAUGGACGACUGUACAACGGGCUGUGUCAAUUUUCCUGUUCUUAUGGAUAUUGCCCCGCUGAAGCCUGCAAGGUUGCUCAAGGUGGUCAGGGAGGAAUCUUUACCCCUAAGCCUUUGGGUCCCGAGUCAUCCUGUGAUGAUAUAUCAAAAACUACCCUCAGUCGCGAUAUGUGGGAUCAAGUCGAUGCCACGACAGAGCUUUCACAAUGGUGGAGCGCAAACGCGUAUACAACCGAUUAUUGCAAGGACUUGGCGAGACCUUUGGGUAUUGGAGAGCAAAUGACUUGCCGAACAGAUGCCCCAUGCUCUCGCCCAAACUGCAAUGACAUGGGGCCAGCCCAGUACGAAUCUGGCUCUGGAUGGGCAUAUUUGGUUCUGCUGUCCUGCGCGAAUUUGAACAUCGGAUUCAAUAUUCUCUACAACUCAGUCUUCAAGAGUUGGACAGCCUUCGCAGCGUUGAAGAGCCAAUUGGAAGACACUUUCUUCUUUGACGAUAGCGACGCAUGGAAGAAUCUGCUUCUCAAAGAGAUUUUAUUUGGUGUUGCUGGCGCCAUGACUAUUAUUGCCACCGCAGCAGGUCCUUUCCUAGGUGUUUGGGGAGCUGUAGCGGCUGCUAAUGCAGCUUCUGCCGUCAGUUCUUCGGUCGUCGGAAUCACAUUGACCAUGAAAGACUCAGAUGCUACAGUUCAAAAUCUGAUCACCCUAGAGAAUACCGCCAGAGACUUCGUCUCGACCAUGUCAACGGGUAUCGACACUGCCAACACCGGGUUUAUCAGUGAUGGUCAUGCAGAGGGGAUUGCCACAACCAGGAUUUUCGAUGACGGAUACUGGCUUGUUUCCAAGCAAAUCCCGAUCCUCAAUACCGAUACCAAAUUGACGAUGUUCAAAGCCACCGAAAUCGACGAUUACUUCGCGAAUAUGAUCCAAGCCAGUCUUGUCAAUGCAGCAUGGAAAAAGCAGAAUGUCUAUAUCUUCUGCAUACCAAUGACAAAGGCCGAAUUUGAUAGUACUACGGUUGAGGCUGGUAACAACAAUGCUGGUUUGAAAUAUUAUGAGUCAAAGUACGGAAAAGGAUGUUAUUUCCAAAGCGCAUUCGUCGAUCCUGGGAAACUGCUCGAACCUGUCUCUCUUUGCCGGAACCCACCAGGAUGGGACGACCUGAAGCCUGGAUCCUCUACCAAGAAGUUCAACACCCAAGAUAUUCUUGCAGGAAGUAUCGAAUCGUUCUACAACAACAACGGAGCCGGUGGAGGUUUCAAUUACCAACCUGAUGACAAGCACGUUUUCGCACUGUGGGAUGAAUUCGGCCAUGACUCUUUGUCCUACAAGUACCCUGGUAUCUGGAACAUCCCUAUCUGUGAAUUCCCACUCAAUAUCUCGGCCAAGAAAACCGUCAAGAGCAUGGUAGGCGUCCUGAACGAACCGGGAUGGGGAACAUCGUAUGCUCCAAGUUGGUGCUACUGCAUAAACAACCCUGACAGAUUUGGAAAAACACUCAAGGACGUUACGACUUUGUCGAAGUUCGAUAUCAAGACCGCAUGCGCAGGAAUCACGUCGACUCCGGGCUAA